CGCAGGGCUCCGUUCUUCGCCGCAAGCCAGCAACCGUCCUCAGGCCAUCUUGGCCGCCGAUUUUGGAUGGGGAGGCCGGCGCCCAGCGGCGGGGGGCCACGGGUUCCAGUUCGUUCUCGCUGUCCCAGCGCCUCUCAUCCUCUGCCCUUUCCAAUUUCUCCGCACAAGAUGGCGCGGCCUCGGAGAAUUGUAGCCAUGGCCGUGGCUUGCUUCCACCUCCUACGAUCCCUGUUAGUCCGUCUUGGGCAACCAGUGCUGAACAAGCUGCCGAGUUAUUUGGGAGCUACAAAGACAGAGGACAUAUAUGCUUCCAAGGAUACAAGGAUGACACAGGUCAUGAUGGAGUACAUGGGGGACACAAGUCAGAUUUCGGGCACAAGUGAGCCAGCACCGACUGAUGACAAGCACGGUUGGUCAUUAGUCGCUGAUACAAAUGACGAACCAUCAGAUAGCCAGAUGAGCGAACAAUCUGAGCAUGCCAGGCGAGCGCAAGAACUUGAGGAGAAUAAUGCAAUACUGCGGCAGAAAAUAGUUGAGUUGCAACAGACACUAGAAGAAAGUAAUGCAUCUCUUGCACUCAAGAAAAAUGAGUACGUCAAAUUGAUCAGUAUAGUUCCGAAAUUCUUUAGCUAUUUCAAACCUCCUAAGAAAGCUUCAGAAGCUGCAGUUUCGUUUAUGAAGGCAGAGGGUAAUUUUGAUCAGCAAGUAGCUUGCAUGCAGGAUUUCUUAAACUGUUUUACCAUUGACCGGAAAUUUGGGAUCAAGUACCAGCGGCGCAAGAAGAAGAAUUUGGCUGAGCCCACAUCCAACUAAGAUAGCAAUCUAUUACUAUUCCUUAGUUUGUUUAGAUGCAUAUCUCCAUUUCCUAGUUAUCUCUAGUUUCCAAAGUUGUCUAGAUGGCACCUGUCAAGGUACCCUAGUUUUAUGUCUUAAGAAUUAAUCAUGAAUUAAUACCUUGGUCCCGUUUGGGAGGGCUUCCUUGAAAGGGCUUCACCGGUGAAGCCGAAUCUGGUGAAGCCAA